AUGCCAAAUAUUGUGCAAGCACGUAAGUCGAUUCUCAAGAACUCCAGAUCGUCUAGUCUGUGUGCACCUUGCAGUCUUAAUGAGGAAGGAGGGCCUUGUGACGUUAAUAAUAUGUGGAAAAAUUGUGAUGUUGUGGUUUCUUCUCAACAUGUAAUUGCCUUUUUUUAUUGUUUCUGAUCAGUUAUUCAUGUAUGCUGGUGUAUUUUCAUUGUGACUGUUAUCACUGGGUGAUGAAAACACUUGAUGACCAACAUGUCAGGCUUGCCAAAAAAAUUAUUUGUUACCUAGAGCUCAAUCUUUGUGACUUUUAUUUUACAAAAAACUAAUAUUGUAACAUUUAUUACGUUCCUUCAUGUUAUUGAGCUUGUGUUUUGUUUUAAAUUCUGACCGGAGUUCACAUGCAAUUACUCUUAAUAUUUUGUCCUUGAUUAAAGUUUUCAUCUGGAAAUUGUGUUUGAAUUUUAUUUUCUCUGUUCUAGUAAAUUCUAUUUUGACAAUAAAUGGACAUUUCUAAAUUCAGCAGACUGGGUGUUCUCUUACAAUGUUGUAGAAAGACUUUGGGAUGGUUUGGUGUUUUUGUGUGCUUUAUAUUUCUUAAAUAAGCCUCUAGGUUCGCAUGAUAAAUUACAACUCUUUAUUUGAACGUUACGACCUACUGCCCAGAUUGGCAGCAAAGUUUUUUAUUUUAGGUUACAAUUUCAAGCACAUUGUUGAAUUAAGUGUCAAUCUUCUUGCUAUGCUUUCUUCAGUUGAUUUAGUUUACGGAAAGGUAUCUUUCUAGAAUUACUUUAACCAGGAUCGUAAACCUAGCUGAAUCCCAAAUGAAAAUCCCCUGUAAUCGCUUCAGAGUUAAGUGACGUGCUUCCAUAAUCUCAACGCUCUAUUAUUGCAGUUUGUUUUCCCCAGAACUUUAAUUCUGUGAACUAGGAAACUCCAUCUAAUGUUCUUUCUUAUGUUUACCCUGACUAUCUUAACUUCUUGUUCACUGUUAAUUCCAUAAUUUCCACGGCAAGUUUUUGAUUUAAUCUGCAGAGUUCUCUUUCCCCUUCUACUAUCACGGUCAUUUUUAUUUUAACCCCAAUUUUCAUAAUAUAUUUACCCUUGAAAUGCACCCUUGUCUGAUGCACAUAAUUGAGCAUUCCGACGAAAGAAAGCUGUAGAAGAUGUAAAAAAAUGUUAAGAAUGACAUAAAGCUUGCAUCAAUUGUAGUUUCAUUGCUAUUUUAACUUGAUUUACAUACUUGCCCAGUCAUAUUCUUGUGACUUGAAUUUUUACCUUGAAUCCAAACACAGGGAUAGAUGAUCCUGCAUUACCUUGAAUUUUACCUUCUUUCAUAGGGUUGUAUGCAUAUACAUCUGCUCAAAGAUUAACCUAGAUAUUUUGGUUUAGAAUGCAGAGUAUGACAUUCUUUUAACUCAGGGUGUGGAUACCCAGAAUCCGUAUUUCAGCCAGUCACUUGUGACUCUAGGCAAAUGGUCAAUUUCCGACUAGGCAGUAGUUACGUGGUCCUAUAUUCUUAGAAACAUUAGGGGAUCACUGGAUCACCACUUACUUGCAAUAGCAGAACCUUCAUCAUAGCCAUUUACAUUGGCAAGGAUUCCUUUUGGGUUGUUUGUAAGUACUUUUGUGGUUCUUCUUCAUUCAAACUAAGGCUUAGAGAGGUUGGUGAAUCAAGUGUAACUGGCUGAACUUGAUGUGGUCUGGGCGAUCCCAGGAUGGCUACUUCAGGUCUGUCCAGGUUUUAAAUUUCCAGGUUUCAUGUGUCUAACAGAAAUCUCAUGUAGCAAAUUGUGACUCAAUUCUUCCUUCUCAUCGGGGUAGGGGGAGAAAAGGGAAAAAUGUGAGGUCAUUUGGUGGUCAGGAACUAUUCCAAAGAGUAAGGCUGCCAUUCCCGAAGAUUUUAGCAACGACCAUUAAUGCCUUAUGCUUGUCUUGCUGCUUAUCAGCUUUUAUCAUUCGAGCAUAAUUUACUAACAACGAGUUAUAUUUAAUAUUAUAAAUAUUUACUAUAAUGUUUAUUCUAUUGUUGUCACUCCCGCUAAUUUCGAUUUUACGACUGUCGUCCUUCCACUGCCAAGUCAGAAAAAGAUUCAUUUUACAUUUUAAAAAAUGUAUGAAAUGUUUGACUUGCAAGUGCUGUAUUCCAGGAAAAAAAUGCCAAAGGCCUUUUGGGAUACUUUCUCUCUAUAAUUCUUAAAAUGGCAUACCUCAAUAGUGCGUACAAACUAUUGAAAGGCGUCUUGACUUUAUCACAACAUGCUCCACAUAUUUUUGUUUCUGGGAUCUUCCCUUUUGCAUGUAUAUCCAAUUCGGUGAGCAAGCCAACGCCUCUUAAUUUGGAUGUAUCACUGCCAUCAUUUGAAGACAUCAAAUGGAUGUUAUCUCGCUUCUACUAUCUUUUCAAUAUCCAACUUGAAAGGAAUAUCGGCUUGUAAGUGGAUUUUUUUUACGUAAUUCCAAAAUAAUUAUUUGCUUUAUUCAUUUAUUUUAGUCAAAGGUGUUAUUUUACUAUUUGGUUGUGCUAUUUUUUCUUUCCCUUUAUAUUUCUUGGAACAUGUUUUGUUGAUAUUAUUCAGCUUUGAUUGACUCAUAUAGUCUAACUAAAUUUUAUGAAUUACAAAGUCGUGAUCCACAUGGGUUUUCUGAGUCAGUACAAGAGUUCACCGCCUAAUCUUGGGAUUUAGAUCUGGAGGUUGUUUGGCUCGAAUCAGUGAAGACUUGGUGUCAUAUCACACGUUUAAAGUUGUUUGAAUGGAAGUGCUUCUAGUCAUAUCAGCCGUCUUGGAUCAUUUUGGAAAGGACAAAUGAUUAUUUUUUGCUUAUGAAUGUAUCAAAUCUUACUUUCAUUGUCCACUGGUUCAUCGUUAUGCACAUUAAGUGACCAAUAUCCAUUUGUCUAAAAUUAUCUGGUCAGAGUUUGUGGUGGUAGUACUCUCUACAUUGUCAUACCAGCAUUCUCUACAUCAAUUUUGAAAGCUUUCAGGUCAUUAGGUCUACAUCCUGCGACAACCAGGGGAACAUCAUCACCUUACGUACUUUCAUUUAGAGUAUUCAUCAUCUUCUGCAGCAGGAUAAUCAUCAAAUACACAGAAUUUUUGGUCCUUUUUUGUGGGGGACUUGGUGCUGCUUUGGAGUAUUAUCAUCAUCAUCAGCAGCAGUAGCAGGAUCAUCAUCAGAUACACAUAUAGAACUUUUGGUUUUUUUUUGUGAGGCACUUGGUGUUGCUCAGUCUCCAUUCUUUGUAUCAUCUUUGAGAUACUUAUAGAGGCAUCCAUAUGAAGAUUUCCCUUCGUAAAAAAACUGGAGAUGACUUGCUGACUCUGAUGGUGACGAGUAACAAAUGAUACACCUUGUUGUGUUAAAAUAAAUUUUUACUUCAAAUUUCUUUUACUUAUGGUUACUGUUCUAUUAUAUUGUCACAAUAAAAGAAAUAGUGACGAAAAACUCAGCAAUACUUUCCUUUAGAAUGCAUAGGCAAUGAUGUUAUGAACUUGAUAAUUGGGGGAUGUGGCUCAGCACUUUUUCUGUUCCCGUUCUCACUAAAAUUAAGCAUCCAAUCACGUAAUUUAGUGUCUUCUCACCAGGAAGUCACUAGUAUUUCUGAUAUACCCGACUGAUCUCUCCUGCCCUCACAGUUCUUUAAAUCUUGAGAACUAAUGGACUCUAAGGCCCUUGAAUCUUGCUUGGAUGUCAGCUGUCUAACAAGUGCUGCCAGUUCAUCUGGGAUUUUGCAGUGUUAGUUCUUGAGUUGAGGGUUUGGCUUGGUUUAGGUUCAUAAAAGUAGUUAAAUCGCCUAGAUUGGUUCUCUCUUUAGUUGAAUCCUUUGUCAGAUGAAAAGAUAAUAGAUUUGAGCUGCCUUUAUAGUUACAUCGUUUGAAUUUAAAUUGCACGAAUGAGAGGAGUUAAGAAUGUCGUAUCUCAUUUCUUGGUCAAUUUUACUUUCUUUGAUUAAAAUAUUGUAACCUUUUGUUUUGUGCCUUUAAUACCUGUUGGUUGCUUGAAAGGUUUGCUGGAUUAUGUUUACACUUGUCUGUAUAAUAAUUAAUAUUGAGUUACACAUUUGAAAUUUGUCCGCCAUCUUUUUGAACAUAAUGAUUUAAGUAGGGCGUCCCAAGACUCAGUACUGAUUAGUCAUGUUUGUGUUUCUAUGUACCAUGCAGAUUUCUUAUUGUAUUAUUUGCUGCCUGUUUCUCAUUCGUCAUCAUGGGAGGCUUCCUGUUCUACAGAUACAGGUGCACCACAAGAAUUGUAUAUUUUCCAUUUACUAUUAGACAUCGUGCACAAUAUACAGUUAUGCUCCGAAAGAAAACUCCUUUUUAAAUGCUUUCUUUGGUAUAUGAGAUCGAUUCAAUUAAACUCAAUUAAUAAAUGCAACUGAAGGAAAGGAUCAAUGAUUAGCACAAGAUCAACAACUUAUGUUCUCACCAUCACCUAAAAUUUUGUUAGAGCAAUGGGGAUUGGGAGAGGUGGCAUGAAUAGGGAUCAAUUACAUUACAAUCUGUUAGAAGUAUUUUUGGGCAAACAGCAGCAAUUUCAUGAUGAACGUUGUGUUUGACUGUUUUGCAUGUUAUCCUAUUCAGAGGUAUUAGCUGUUCAAGAUCACGUUAGGAUUUAGUGGAAAAAACCAAGCAGGUACCUGUGCUUGGUUUUUUAGUAGUACGAGAGGAGGUGUUUACAUGUGCUUCAUGGCUAAUAGAAAAACUUUAUAUGUGAUAAAUAUAUACUAUAUCAAUGUGGUGUGUACCAUAGGAAUAACCCAAAAUACCCAAAGUGACAAAAUCGCGUUCUUGCUAAAAAGAAAAAGUCUCUUCCUCUCUUUCACCAGAUUCUUCCAGCUGAAGAGCAUUGGCUUUAAAAAUAUGUACACUCCGUUUAUUCUGUAUGGUGUGAAGGGUCAUGAGUUCCGCCACAUCAAAUGUAUUUAAAUUAAAUGGGAGUGAAGUUUCCGGACCUAACUUGCCACCUAAUGCCAAGUAGCUCUAUAUAAAAUAGAUGAAUUAACCUGACUGAAAAUUUUCUUCCUUUCUGCUCUUUCCAAAGCUACGUAUUCUGUAAAUGCUUCCAUUUCCGUUUUUCUGCAUCAUUGUCAUAAUUUAUCUUGAGUUCAGUGUGUACUUGUCAUUUUGAUGUUGUCAUAGUUGCACAAUUUAAUAGUCCUCGCAUAUAUAGGAACAGGAGAGUAAAUCCUUGUCUUUCUGCUCUUUGCAACAUUCUACUCACCAACCUAGUCGCUGGACUUACACGCGAGGGGAUGAUGAUUCACCUUACCUGAGACCUCCCUCCCCUAAGAAUGCAUAUUGGAGAUCUCUUAAUUACCAUAGCAACAAACCUGGUGGUGAUUAGAAUUGUCCGAAUCCUCAGAUCUAUCUGUUGUCAAAAUCCAUUUAAUAAAUUAUAGAGAAAAGACAGUUUCAACUCACUCUGCUACAAGUCUACUUACAAUCCAGCUUGAAAAUGGAGCAUCUGCUUUUAUAGGAAUUCUCGGAAUGAAUGUAGUCAUGUAGAACGCUUUCUCGAACUUGCAUGCAUGUGGAUAUCUGAUUCCUAAUAUUCAAUUUGUUAACCAUGCUCUCUUUCUCGUGAUUCUAGAUGCCAUUUGGUAGGGUAUAAAGCCUACUUGCCCUUAAACCUAUUUGGUUUUUCCUCCAGAAUCAACUCCAAGAAAGUUUUGUCACGAUUCUCAGAUGUGUCCCAUAAAGAACUCCAUUGUCCCAGGCAAAUGGUGCAUAAUGAAGCCUCAUGAGCCUUGUAACGAAACCUCAUCCUGUGCAAGAAAAAAGCCUUAUUCAGGAGCUGGAAAUAGACAAGAGCAGUGUGUGUAACAUUAAUUCCCUUUUCCUUCUGCUUAACUCAUCUUAGAUGACUUGGGGAGAGUUCAGAGUCCACAUAAAAAGCUUUGUGGCUCUUGGAUGUUUGUAACAGUGGUAUCUGUUUUCUUCCUAAAACGUGUGAAUUACAGCCAUAUCAACAAAUCAAGUUCUACUCCAACUGAUACUCGGUGUCACCAGGAUAAAAUAUUUUUCUUUCGUUAUUUUUUAUCUGCUGCAUUCAUAUCCUCUUUGGAGGUGCCAAUAUUUAACAAGCUCUUUCAUUACCAAUUUAGGAAAAAGCAACAAUCUCUGGAAGACUGUUUCUGGGAUGCAUGGGCUUGCCUUUGCUCAUCUUCUACUCAUUUAAGAGUAUGACAUUUCUUCAAAUACAGGUUCUCUGGUUUUUAGCUUAUAUGUGGUGAAAUUGAGGUCUUUGACAUUUGUGUUUUUAUACCAGCAAAAAACGCGUUUUGAACGUAUUAUCGGCCUUAUCCUUGCUGUAUGGGGAAUAUUAUUUUAUUCCCGUUUGUUGAGUACAAUGACUGAACAAUUUAGAGUGAGUCUUUCCUUAAAAUUUUGGGAACUAUCCUUUAAUUAUAUUGGAAGAAUGCUUUCUAUCUAACGACUGUCUUCCACAGUACAAUAUGGAAAAGAUCAGGGAAGGUGCUCAAAUGCAAGUUAUGGAGAGUGAUCAUAUUAUUAUUUGUGGUAUAAAUAGUCACCUGCCUUAUAUACUCAAGCAACUAAAUAAGCAUCACGAGUCUGCUAUUCGAGUUGGUACUGCUACAUCGAGGUAUAUAGGUUUACAUUGGUUGUAAAUUAAGAUCAGAUCGACUAACUACAAGUUGGUGGGAGGCUUAUAAGAAUUUUUUCUGAUAUGAACCUUCUGAUUUGAAGGAAGCAAAGAAUCCUCGUCUUGUCUGAUGCUACACGGAAGCAAAUGGAGAAGCUUAGAGAUAAUGUUGCCAAAGAUUUGAACCACAUUGAUGUUAUAAACAAAAGGUAACAUAAUUCAGCUCAUCUUGCAUCAUUGUCUGCCAAAUAAUUCAUACCUUUUGUAACUUUGAUGAGAUGCAUUAAGGGUCAACGUUGGCACUUUUCAUCUGUUCUAGGCCAUAGUGCAAACAAAUCUGGUCAAAACCUCAAAUAAUACUGUUUUUGCCUGUUUUGGAAUUGGCUAUAAUCGAUAAUCAAUUUUAUAUUUUUUAGAACUUCUGUUUGUGCAACGGUUUGAUUUGACAACAAUCUGUAAUUUCUUUCGAAACUUGAGUCCUGUGGACAGAAUCAUUUUUUAAACAUUUAUUGGAGGUCAUAUUGAAAGUCAUUACUUUGAAGUUAUUCUUUCUUAGGAUUAGAUUAUAAUUUAAAUUCUUUUCUUGUUUACAAAUAAAUAAAUUCUAUUUCACCACAGGACUAGUGGAAGUAGAAAAAGGCAGCUGUUCUAUCUCAAAAGACAACCAUAACUGGAGUCAGAAAUAAAUCUCACCAGGAUAAAUUCUAGUUUUUUUAACCUGCUCUUUUGGAUGUGAUAAAAGCUUGCUACGUGAUAUCAAAAUAAACUCAUAACAGGAGUCGAACUGAAACUAAUAAAACAAAUCUUGUUCUCUGCACAUUUUUUCUUCCCUUAAUUUAUUUUAAUUUCUUAGAUAACGUACGAAAAAUUUUAGAACUGUUUUGGCAGGUUUCUUAUUGAUUAUACUAUUUUUAUAUUAAAAUAAGUUUUAAAGCUCAUGCCCUUGGGAUGCUACUACUUUUGAAUCAUAGUUUUAGAUAAAAUGGGGUAUGCUGUUUUAGUUUCACUCUAAUUGAAGAUGGACAACCUGAAAAAUAUCUUUGUAUCUUUUCUACACUAGUCGUCUUACUUAUGAAUUCCAGCGCUUCAUUAGUGUUGGGAAUAGGCCAGUAAAGCUUGAACACAGUUUUAUCUGAAGUUUGGCCCAUUAAUGCUGCCUCAAAAUAGGAAUAGGCCCAUCCUACCAUCUUUCUAGCCUUAGUUGGGUUGGAUCUGAUAGUCUAACAUGGCUUUGACACCUACACCGACAUAACAAAACCCCCGACCCAACCCUGUGUGACAACAUGGACAAAAUAACUGCAAAGCCUCCUUGUUUUCUUCUACUUACAUUGUACUCUUCACUCUGUCUGGCUACCCGUUCCUCUCUCCCAAUGGUGCUUCCAUCUUUGGUACAUCAAAACGAUGCAACUUUUCCUCCAGCUGCUCCCUAGCGGUAUCUGCUCCCUUACAUGGGUGUCACGAAACCUCAUUCCGGUUCCCCCUCUCCCCCCACCCUUCACAAGCAAAAGGCGUAGAUAAAGAAACACCUCCUUUCCCUUUCCCCCAUUGUUAUGUUCCCCACCCUUUCCCUCACGGCCAGCACCCCAGAAACCAUCGCCAAAAUUACGGUUGUCAGGCUUGGCCGGUUCGGCCUCAGCGUUCUUGGGCUUGGGUCACGCUUGGCAGGGUACCUCUAUAUGCGAUUUUUUUAUGUGCAAUACUUCCGGAUACACUGAAAAUCUUUUCUUGAAAACGAAUACAAAUACCAAACCAGUCAUCAUUUCCUCACUGUUGCCUACUUUAAGAACCGCCAGUUGCCUGGUUCAGCCCUAGUGUUUUGUUGGUGGAACUGAUCAAUAAAUUUAAAACAUUAAUUUGGUUUCUUUUUUGUAGUGUGCAUAACGUUUAGUUAUUAACGAGUAUUUUUGGUCAUCUUGGUCUCUUUUUAUAGCGUCUUCCCUAAUACUGAUGAUAUGUGACCUAUGGUGUUGUACAGGAAUAGCUUCUAAAGGGUCGCUUUGAUAAACAUUAAUCUUCGUAUACGUCUGGAUUCUUUUGGAUUCCUACUGCUCUCUAAUAUUAUUUUGGGCCUGUGGCUUCAGCCUCUGCCUAUUGCUGCUCACUGAGCCUGCCACUGUUUCCCCUUGCUUUUUAUUCUCCUGCCACUGCCUCUCCCAGUUCUUUAUAUUGCGUCUGCCACUGCCUGCAGUCCCUGGUGCCACAUUCCUCUCUACUUUUGCUGCUGCUUCAGGCUUCUGAUCAUGUCCCUAGUUUUUGAUCUUGCUUUUUUUCUCAUUUUCUCAUUUUCCUCUAAUCCUUUCUCCUUAUGGUCAAUCUUCUUAUUCAUUGGAAUUCAUUAUCUUUAUCCUUGUAUUUUUUUGGAUUCAACUAGUUUAUGCCUUAGUUGGAAUCGGAAUUAUAAGAUGAAUGCAGAAGGAAAAUCUACUGAUGUAAUGCGCUAUCAUGAUAUAUCUUUUGAACUUGGUGAAUACGAUUCGUGUUCUUUGAAAGAAACGAAUACCUUUUGUCUUUUCCUUGUAUCGGGGUUUUCCCCAGUUUCAGCUGUUUGACUACAAGUAUGUUGACUAACUCUUGAGGUUACUAUCGUCUGUCUGCAGCUGCAGUCUAAGCUUGACGAAAUCUUUUGAACGAGCCGCAGCAAACAAGGCACGCUCUAUCAUUAUAUUACCCACAAAGAGCGACAGGUGAACUCUCCCUGUCUUGUAAUCUGUUGUGUGCGUUAAUGCCAAUACGUUUUUUGGUUUAACACCUGAUAGUUGUCUGUACAGAUGCACUAGUGAUUGAUUUAAUGCUGGAUACUCAGAAAAGUGAUGCAUUUGGAAAAAAUAGUUAUUUCGUUUCAAAUUUCAAGUCGUUUAAAGCCAUUUUCAUGCUGAAAAUCCAGGGUGUUUUUAAUCAUCUAACUUAUUUACUCAGGUACGAGGUUGAUACGGAUGCCGUCCUCUCAUUACUAGCACUACAAUCUCUCCCUAGAAUGACGUCCAUACCAGCUGUUGUUGAGGUGUGUUUCAUGCUAAGUGCCAAAAUGGGAAUCGUGUCUGUUAAAAAUGUCAUUGUGCAAAAAUGGCGAAAGGGUUUAAGGACAGUAAUUUGUAUCACAGUGAAUUUUAUAUUAAGAAAAUAAAAAGGCUCCCUAUUGAUUUUUUUUUCUUCCAAAUUCUGUGCAUAGAAAAUUCCCUAUGCGCAAUAUUUAUUUGUUCAAGUUUGGAUCAACUGGUUUCUAAGACUGCAUUCCAACUUCCACGGUUCUUGAUACAUUUUUUGUUCAACUAUGUACGAUCACCAUAUCCAUGGUUCUUUGUUCAACUAGAUACCUUACUUCGUAUAUUUUAGAAACUCUUCUUUCAUUAAUGGUGAUUCUUGUGGAUUCGAAUGAAGGUAUCAAACCCGAGAACAAGUGAGCUUUUGAAAUCAAUCUCAGGCCUGAAAGUUGAACCUGUUGAAAUGGUUGCGUCAAAGCUGUUUGUUCAGUGUUCUCGGCAAAAAGGGCUCAUAAAGAUUUACCGGCACUUGCUUAAUUAUAAAAGUACACCUCCCUUCUUGAAGAAUUUCUUUGAUUACGAUAGUAAAUAAUUACAUUAGAAAGGUGUAAUCCAUCUGACUACUUGCUUACAGCUUGAUACGUAACUGUAGCUAGAGUAUACCUCGUCUCUGAAGUUCGUUUUUAAUGUUCUUCACAGCAUCAUUUGGGCUUAUUUGGUUUAGCAUUUUAGGAUGCAAUCUGAUUGUAUGUUUUUCUGUUAAAACAGAAAAUGUAUUCAAUCUCUGUAGCUUUCCAGAACUUGUUGGGUUAAAGUACGAGCAUGUGAGACGUGGACUAAAGGAUGUAAGAAACUGCUAACUUGUGUCAGCUUUUUUGGUACGUUACUUAAGGCUUUAUCUACUAAUGUUUCGUGCAGGUGGUCGUAUGCGGCCUUUAUAGAAACGGGAACAUGUACUUUCAUCCAAAUGAUAGUGAAGAGAUGCUUCCCUCCGAUAAAGUGUGUAAGAACUUUGGGUUGAUACCUGCAAAUGAAAUGAAAUUCUAUUAACUUCUAGAUGGCUGCCCUAAAUUUCUAAGAUUACAGAACCACUUUUUCUCAUAUUUGUAGAGGUUGAUGUUCAAUGAUCCAUGUUAGGGUAGUUUAAUCAAGCUUACCUUAAUUAUUGCUAACUCAUUCCUUCAUCUCUGGAGUAUACAGAUCUUCAGGUAUAGUUUCUUUCUGUAAAAGAUCUCCAAAUGGGGCUUCUUUCGGCAUCUUCCAACCCAUAAUGAUAAAAAUUCUAACUUCUAUGACAACUUCUACACAUCUUUAAAUCUGUCACCUGGUCCUAAGGAUAUUGAGAAGGAAUCAUGAUGUGGUCCAGGUGGCCAAGAUGUUAAAGAAAUAUAUUUCAAUUUUUUGUUAGAGAAAUAUCUUCAAACAUUGGAUGUUACAUACUAAUUGGAGGAACUUGUUUCCAGGUUAUAGUGGCCAAUUUGAUGAGAUUUUGCAGUUGACGUGAAGAUAACAAAAGGAAGCUGAAGCAGAUGUAAACAACGUAAUGAUGCAGAAAAAGAUAUUAAAAAUAAGGAUGAAAAAGGCUUAAAACAGAUAAUGACAAAGCUUAACAUGAAAUAUUUCGCGAAAAUGAGAAAAAAAUUAAUGAGAAGGGAAAGGGAAGGAAAUAUAUGCCCUCACAAAAUCAACAAAGUCAUAGUGACUCAUUUUUAGUAUUGUUAAUAUUAUUUAAGUCCAACUCAAAGUCAAUUUGGUACAGGUAGAGUAGGCCCCUAUUCAUAAUCAUAGGUUUAUUUUUUUGGUAAUGAAUAGAGGAUUAAUCUAAUCACAUUUCUUCAUGCGUAAGCUGAUUUUUUGUCUUUGUCAUCUGGGCAAUAUGAGUGCAGACACAGAGCAAUCAUUAGCUCUGAAUAAUGUUAUUGAUCCAUUCAGCUUCAAAUCAGUUGGCAAUGAGUGGAUUAUCAUUGCAAUUACUAGUUUACUUUUGUAGGAAAUGAUACAGUACAGUUCUUAGUAAAGGUCUAUUUUUUGGGGUGGAAACCAUGAGAAGAAAAAAUGGUUAUCCUCGUCUCUGGGUACAGUUCAGCUGUCCUAUUCUUUAACCUCCUCAAGCAAUGAAGAAAAGGCUGAGAUACACAGAGGUUCAUUAAGACUAUUAAGAGUGUGGAGAUGGACAUGAAAAGACGAAAGAAUUGAAAACCACUUGGAUGACUGAUCCACUGAUGGAAUGAUAUUAUACUGUUAAAUCUUCACAUCGGAUAAGUGGAAAGUACACUAGUUUAGAGGGCUUUGUUUUAUCUUGGCUGAUAGGUUGGUGUUUAUUUGAAAAUUCUAGGAGUCAAGAUGGAGCCUAGGGAAUCUAAAAUUAGGUAUUUGCAUCACCUUUUUGAAAUUGGGGAGUGAAAUGUAGCAAGGCUCCUAGAAUUGAAAUUUAACUAGGUUUAGUUGAACUCUGAAGCGAAAUUUAAUUGACAAUAUAACGAUUGUAUGGGGAUCAAUGUAGCUCGUGGAGUUAUCAGAGUGCAAUAUACAGCUCAGCCAAACUGCAUGAGGACUGGCGCAAAGAUUCACAAAAGUUUGUACUAUGUCUACAUCUGCUAUGAACAUUUUGGUCAGAUAAAAGGGAUCGAUCGUUUUGACCGUACCGUGCAUUUCGUCUUUGAAAUCUUCUGUAUUAAAGGGUAGCAAUCUAUGCGAUACUUCUGUGGUUGGAGUGGCCUCUGUCGUGGGUUCUCCAUGUUCCAUCCUCCUAUUUGUCAUUGUUACUCUGGUUCCAUAAUGCUGGGAGGAUGAAGUCACCACGUGUUUCAGUUCAAUGUGCUGCAUGUUACUCAUCUGUGAGAUGUGGAUAACCAUAGAGUAUGAUUAUUCUGGAAUGAGGAAACUGUGUUCAGAUAAAUAUAUCGUUGGUCGAAGUAGGUUGUCUGAAUGUAACAAAACGUUCAUUUGUAAGAUCAAUAAGGAGAAGAGGCUACCUGAAGGGCUUCCAUAUCUGCAAUUUACGUUGUGAUGUUUGCAAGAAGUAUUAUUCAACUAGGAAAUAAGAAAUUAUAGCCAUGAAUGUAUAGUGUGAAAACAUAACAAAUGCAGAAAUGUUCUCACUUCCUAAAGAAUCCACCCUAAUGAGUGUAGCCGGUAGGUAAAUGAAUGUAGGUAAGUUAUAAUGUUGGAAGAGGUGAAUUUAAUGGAAUUGGUGUAAAUGUUUGGGGGUCCUUGCAUUGCCAGUAGGAAGAUGACACAUCAGGAAACUUCCACGGUAAUAGAACUCUCCAUUUAAGUCAACAUAAAUCAUGUGGUUUUCCUGCUGCGGGCAAAGUCAAUUAUCAACACGAGAAGGUCCAGCAGAGAAUGUGGAAUCCACAAGAUGGUCCAGAUAGUAAGUUACCUGGUUCUUCAUCUCUGUGAGGAAUUGAUGCGAUGGCUUUCAACAUGCAGAAAAUCUCUUGUUUGUGUACUGACAUUUGAGGGGGCAAAGUUUGUUCGUUAUUCGGGAACACUCAGUGGGGUGAGUUGGAGAUCAAUAUGCCAAAUAGAGGAGCUGGCAACAGCUCUGUGCUAGGGCUGUUUUUCAAUGGAUGUAUACUAUUUUUCGUUUUUGAAUAGAACGUUGGAUGUCGUCAGGCUUGUAACAGUCAUAAGCCAUUUCUAUCAACAGGUCGUCAACCAUCUUCAAUGAACUCAAAAAACUUGUGAAAGGUUGUCUGAGUUUGUUCGGCUUUAACUUGAAGAAAUAAAUCCUUCAGUAAAUGCUGACUGACUGAACUUCUUGCUCUUGCAUUUGGUAUGCAUCUCAGGAUGUUUAGAGUUAUUCUUGAUGUUGAAUCCCUAUAUUCUCGUUUUCCUUUUUAUUUCGUUUCCAUGCUAGUAUUUCUCUUUGUUAAUGGCAGAAAUGAUGCCGUUUCUAAAACUUUUGUAUAUGUCAUCCCUUUCCCAAAUGAUUGAUGUUUAAGGAUAAAUUUCAUGAAGAAAAGAAUCAUGUAAGAUAAAAUGUUGAGAAUUCGAUAAAUCACGUUUCUAUGGCUAGUGUUGGCCUAUUGUUGAUUUUAAUAACUCUUCUAUUCCCAUUGAAGUUGUUGUUCAUAUCACCUGUGUAUGGAAAGAGAAGGCCAGAUUUUUUGCCGUCAGACAAUCUACUAGAAAGUCAAUCGCCACAGAAUCAGGUGUCUCAACGAAAGAGGUCAUCACCAGACAAAUCAUUUGAACUGAGAAAAACCCGUCUUGCAAACAUAGUGAAGCGUCCCUUGAAGUCAAGUUCAAAGGUAAUCUUUUUCCCUUAAGAGUGUGGACAGGAUUCUAUAUUGCGAGGUAUCUGAUAUCCAAAGACCUUUGCAGACGUCGGAUUGGAAUCUAGGACCAAGAGAGUGUGUACUUAUUCUGGGAUGGCGACCAAGUGUUCAUGAGAUGAUUCGAGAGUACGACAAUUAUCUCGGUCCUGGCAGCAGACUGGCAAGUCCCACUUCCUUGUCAUUUUCUAUUAAACAUGGAUUAACUUAGGAUAUACAUCUAUAUUGUAUGUUAUCUUCAUCUCAUCUAUUAAAGAUGCCCUUCGCAUCUUUUAUGAAAACGAUUACAAGGACCUCUUGAACUUUUUCCCAAUAUUGUCACGAUUUUCAAGAUACUAGUAAGUGGUAAAUUUAUCUGUAAUUAUUCAUUUAAUCAAUCGACUCCUGGACGUCAGUUUUUAAAAUUAAAAAUUAAAAAAUGUUUGCCACUAUGUUUUUUGAUAAGUUAUUUUCAUCAUUAUCCAAAUUUUCGAUAUGAUAAUUUUGAUGUUGAGGAGCUUUAUUUCAGAGCACAUUACAUUGAAAAUUCCAGUGUUUUUCAUUCGGUCGACUAUGUUCAUCUUACAUUCGGUCGAUAAAAUUAAGUUAUAUUUUUUCAAAAAUUCGUCAAAAUGUCACUUCUUAUAUCCUGAUCCCGUGAUUGGUUAGUUUCUCCUGUCUAUGGUUGUACUGAGAUAUUGGAUACCCGGGUAGUAUUUAUUACCAUGUAGAAAAUGAUAAUUCAUCAUAACUAAACUCCUACAUUUGGCUGUGAAGUAGACAUGAAAGAGGCAGAUGGCACACAUAAUUUACAGAUUUGAACCUGACCGGUUUCAUUGAUGUACUUCAACCCUACGCGGGCUGGGUGUCCGUUUUUUAAGCUCAAUACUCACCUGCUCCUACAGUUUAAAGAUAGGAUCCGAUCAGAAUUCUUUUCAAUAAGUUGCCAGUAUCUUAAUAAGUUGAAACCUUGAUAUUACACCUUGGAACAUAAAAGUUAUAAAUGACUUCAUAGCAUUUUCGUAAUGUAUCUGUUUAAUUGCGCCAUAUGUUUUUCUGCAGGAAGUACUAUCUGAAGCUCCUAUUUCUGAGAGGACAAGCUCAGCAAGUUCUUCCAGACGAAGUGAACUGAAGCACAUUAAGGUUUCGCAUAAGGUCAAUUUCUAUGAUACGUCCUAUCUGAGCCACUUAUCUUCAUUUAUCUAUACGUUCAAUUUUGAUCUAAUCUGUCGCUUUCUCAUGUGAAAACUCGUGUAUCUCAGGUUGGAAACCCAAUGAGCUACGACGACCUAAAGGACACAAUAUUGAACAUUCGAAUGUCCAUGAAGGGUGUCCAAGAUGUUCCUUUGACAAUAGCAAUAAUAUCUGACAGGGAAUGGCUUGUUGGAGGUAAUAACAUAUGAAACCAGUAAUGCUAGAGGUGUUUUUUGUAUGACGUAAUACUUUUUCUGCAGAUCUAUCAAGGGCGGACAAGCAUUCAGCAUAUACACUUCUUCUUGCUGAAAAUAUCUGUGUUAACCAUGGAAUUAAGGUUAGUGGCAUAUUAAUUUUAAUUAAUUUAUUAUUUCCCCCAUAUUUAUAAUUUUUUAUGCUUCCGAAUGCUCAAAGCAUCCGCACUACUCAUCUUGCAUGUUCAUGGUAAACCCACGAUCCCAAAUCACUAGAAGAGAUGAAGAUCACUGUUGACAAUGGCCAUUAACAGUGGAGCAGUAGAAUGGCGGGCGAUCAUAAUUCAUAGCAUUUUCUAGCAAUGAUAAUGCAUGCCCACUGGUUCAUCGAUCCCUUCUGCUAGCAUCAAAUGAAGAGAGUUUCUCAAGAACAGAGAACUAAUUUCAUCAAAGGUUUCAUUGAUCCGUUUCUACAUUUACUCCCUUUUAAAGAGAGCGGUGUGAAUGAUGUGUUUGACCUAGAUAGCUCACGCUGAAAUUAUGAAAGACCAGUUCGUGAUUUGGUCCUGAAUUUGGAAAGAUCAUCUUUGAGGAAUUCCUCCAACAUCUUCUUCACUAGAAAUCAAGUAGACUAGAUUCAGUAUGCUAUGAUGAAUCUAUAUAUUGGGAACAUGCUUCUUGCAGGUGGCGAACCUGGUUGCCGAAAUCGUUGAUACUAAACUAGGCAAACAAGUAAGUAUACCCUUCCUUUUCUCCUCCAGGCUCCGUUAGAAAUUAGUGAUCAUGAUUGGCUGACUCUGCAGAUCACCAGAAUCAAGCCAUCCCUCCAAUUCAUUGGUUCAGAGGAAGUAAUGAGUCUCGUGACUGCCCAAGGUCUGCCACCACCACUCUCUCCACCAAGAACAUGCAAUCUUUCAUUAGUCACUCUUGCUAUUCACGCAAUUCAAUCAAAUGGCAGUUGCUGAGAGUUGUGAGUUGAACAAGAUGUGGAAUGACAUACUUAGCUCCGAGGGAGAUGAAAUAUAUGUUAAGGUGAGUAUCUAUCUAUCUAUCUAUCUAUAUAUUUUCUGUGAACUCUGUAGCUCAUCAUCUAGGGUUUUCCUCUACUUGAUUUCUACAUUGAUUUCAUAGGAUAUCGGGCUGUACAUGACCGAAGGAGAGACCCCGUCCUUCUAUGAGCUUUCUGAGAGGGCGGUCUUGCGCCAUGAAGUCGCCAUUGGCUAUGUGAAACAUAACAGGAAGGUAGUAACCUUAUUAAAUUUCUAUUAUCUUCUUCUUCUUCACCAUAUGCAUAUAAAUACAUCUUCUCUGCUUUGGCAGGUCAUAAACCCACCAAACAAACUGGAGCCUCUUGAUCUUGAGAUGAGUGAUUCCCUGAUAGUAAUCUCUGAGCUCGAGGGCAGCUCGACGACCGCCAUUUAA